ACUAGUGCUAUAGACAAACAAGCAUCUCUAGGCCGGAUGAGGAAUAUGUUCUUUCGAGUAUUACAAGAUUAUAAAAUUAAUACACACUUCGUUCUGUUUCUAUAUGUUUGUUGUUAUAGAUGCAAUUAUAAAACUGUCCGUCUCUCUCCAUUUUAUACUGUAUCAAUACAAACUUUGUUUCUUCCUUUCUCUCUAUCAAACAUGGAAGCUAGUUUUCUUUCACAAAACAAGAGUCCUACUCCACAUCUGCCUUUGACGAGACAUCAUCUCAAGCAGAAUCCUUUCCCUAUUCUUGCAGUUUUGGAUUCGCCACCGGCGAAUUUUAGAGGACUAAAGGAAAAGAAAGGUUCACAGCCGGCCUGUAACUUAAUGGAGCUACCGCAAAAGGCUGUCUAUAAUGAUAACUGGUUUGAUCAACUAGCAAUAAACCAUCUUUCCCGUAGUGUCCAAGCUGCAACAGGAUUGAGAAACAAGAAGACUGGUUAUGAAAGCUUGGUGCAGGCAGCUAUGGAUGCUUCACAAAAGUUCAACCUCCUUCAACAGCGUGACCUCGUGCUUCAAGCUCUUGAAAACACCAUUCCUAGAAUAGUCCUUGACCUGAUAAAGACAGUGUUGCCCCAGUGUAAAUUUACAAGAGAAUAUUUUGCUGCUUUCACCACCUUGUUUUUUGUUUGGCUAAUCGGACCAUGUGAGGUGCGGGAGUCUGAGUUCAAUGGGAGAAAAGAAAAGAAUGUAGUCCGUAUAAAAAAGUGCAGGUUUUUAGAAGAGUCUAAUUGUGUUGGGAUGUGUACUAAUCUCUGUAAGAUUCCGACUCAAACCUUUAUUAAGCACUCCCUGGGAAUGCCAGUCAACAUGGUUCCCAAUUUUGAUGAUAUGAGUUGCGAGAUGAUAUUUGGUCAGGAUCCUCCUAUGUUAACUGAAGAUCCAGCAUUCAACCAACCAUGCUAUAAACUAUGUAAAUCAAAAAGAAAGCAUGUAAUGAAAUGCUCCAGUUAACAUGAACACAAUUGAGGAAGCUGUUCAUAUGAGAAUCUUCUAUCUAGACAACUAAUUGUCCGAUAUUUGUUCUCAUUGUUUAGUUUUAGUCUUAACUUCUCAUAAACAUUUUCCUAGAAAGUCCAAAGAAAUGCCACUCCAAGCUAAAGCAAUUAUAUUCAGGGGUAACUGAAUGGAGGAUACUGAAAUUUAUAGCAAGUAGGAAUACAUCACAAUGUUUCAGUAAUAUUAUUCAUUUGUUACAAAACUUCAGCACCAAGCAAGGAUAAUUGUUCAUCACCGGCAAUACAACAGGUUAUCUGAUAUAUGUCGUGUCAUUUUCUUCUGUUCAAUGUGUGAAUAUCUUUUUCUUCCAUUUUCAA